AUGCUGGCCUUCGUCAUUGAGGCAACGACAGCUACCAGUUCGAAUACGUUAAACGCCAAUACUCUGACAUCGCGUCGUACUCUCGACGCAAGUUUGAAUGGCAAUUAUACAUUCGAAGACAGAGGUUUCUCUGGUAUGACGAAGAUGAAUGAUCUCGUUCAUGGUGGAACGGAUAAACUACACAAGCUCGCUGAGUCCGCCAAGACUAUGUUCACGCCCAAGUCCGCAAUUGGCAACCUCUUCUUGCAGUUCAAACUCGAUAAAGUGGAGUCGAAUGUGUUCAAGAGCAACGAAUUCGAAAAAUGGGCCAAUUCUGUUACCAAAGCUUAUAAGACAAGCCCAGAGGCUGCGGACACAGCGAUGCUCACAACGUUGUCAGCCCGAUAUGGCGAUGAAUCUGUUGCCAACAUGCUAGCAUAUGCAAGUGGCAUAAUCCGAUGA